GAGCAAAGAACAUCACCAAAGUUUGUUCUAAUCUUCUUUCUUUUCUAAGCCUUCUUUGUUCUCUUAAAAGAACAUAAGAAAAAAUGGCCUUGCUUUAUUCAGCUCCAUGCUAUAGUCUAGCUUCUGCUAGUAAGCUUAAGCUAAAGAAUCCUAAUAACUUGCUCUCAAAAACUAACUCAAGCACAAAUGUGCAUUUGAGAGGCUUACCAAGUUAUGGAAAUGGAAAUGUUUAUUGUUCACUCAUUCCUAAAAUAGUAAAAACAGGAGUUAAAAUUGUUGAGGCACCCGUUGUUUCCCUCAUUGACGGUCUUCAACCUGCUAUUUUCACCCCACCUGAAGGCGAUUUAAAAAAGGAGGAUUUCCCUCCUGAUUUCCUCUUUGGUGCCUCUACUUCCGCUCUUCAGACUGAAGGAAGAGGGGAUGAAGGUGGAAGAGGAAAAAGCACAUGGGAUUUCAUGAUUCAAGCUAGCCAAGGGAAAAAGGCAGUCGACUCCUACAACCUUUUUAAGGAAGAUGUGAAAAUUUUGAAAGAAACGGGCUUGAAUACAUACAGGUUCUCCAUUGCUUGGCCAAGGAUAUUGCCUAAUGGUACUCUGGAGUCUGGAGUUAACCAAGAGGGCAUUGAUUUUUAUAACAAAUUCAUAGAUGAAUUGAUCGCAAAUGGAAUUACUCCCAUCAUCACUUUGUUCCAUUUUGACCUACCAGUGCUUUUACAAAACCAAUUCUAUGGUUUCAUGCGACCCAACAUCGUAGAGCACUUCAAGGAGUUUGCAGAUCUUUGCUUUGAGAAGUUCGGUGACCGUGUUAAGUAUUGGGGUACAAUAAAUGAGCCUUAUGUAUUUGGCUCCUAUGGCUACAAGAUGGGAUUGCCUGGUGAUCUCAAGAAUGAUCCUUUAGGUCCAUUCAUUGCUACCCAUCAUAUUAUCUUAGCUCAUGCUGCUGCCGCCAAACUAUACAAGGAAAAAUAUCAAAAAUCUCAAGGUGGAAAAAUUGGAAUCUCACUCCCAUGCAAAUGGUAUAUGCCGCACUCUGCUGAUCCAAAGGACUUUGCAGCUACAAAAAUGCAGCUAGACUUCCAGUUGGGCUGGUACAUGGAUCCAUUAACCCGUGGCGAAUACCCUGAAUCCAUGAGAAAGAAUGUGAAGGGACUCCCUGAGUUUACACCAUCCGAGAAGGAACUAGUCAAAGACGCCUUCGAUUACAUUGGUAUCAAUUACUACACUUCCAGAUACGUCAAGCAUACUUGUACCGUCGAUGCAAUGUCUGGCGUUAUCAAUAUCAAAUACGCUGAACAGACUGCUGAUGAUGAAGGAAACGUCGUCGGGCCUCAAGCGAAAGGACAAGAGGACAUUUAUGUCCACCCUGAUGGACUCAAGAAUUUGCUUCUGUAUGUCAAGACUGAAUAUGGUAACCCCGAAGUAUAUGUGACUGAGAAUGGUAUGCCGGAUAAACCAACAAUUACAGGCUCGGUUAACGAUAUGAUUGCGCAAGGAAAAACAGCAGAACUUGAGGCUGCAUUUUAUGAUGACUAUAGAAUCCAACAUGCUCACGAUCAUCUUGUAGCUGUUCGAGAAGCAAUAAAGGAGGGAGCUAACGUGAAAGGCUACGUCGUAUGGUCACUGAUGGACAAUAUGGAAGUAGGUGCAGGAUACGAUGUUCGCUUCGGCCUCAACUAUACAGAUUACUAUGACAAUCAUAAAAGAUACCCUAAAAAAUCUGCUAAAUGGUUUGCUAAUUUCCUUCAAGCAGAGAACGCAAAGGGUUCCAACAACUAGAGUUUCAAUUGUAUUGUGACCAUGUCAUCCAAUAAUUGAAUGCAAAUUACGUUUAUCAUAUAAUAAAUGUUUGUAUUUCCUUAAGUCAAAGAAAAACAAGUGUUUGCGUUGAUUAUAUAAAGUAUUUAUAUUUUGUAUUUGGCAAACUAUUUAAGUGAAAAUUGUACGUGGCAAAUUCUCCUAUGUCCCUUCUAUUUGGAACUUCUCUCUUACUAUUGGAACAUAUUUCUUACUUUUGGAUUCA